AUUCUUUUGCUAUUGGUUAAAUCUGGUCACAUUUGCUACUUUUCUCCGUAUAUCAUUUAUAUUUAAAACAGAGAAAUCCUUGUUGCUAGGGAGAUGAAGAUUAAUCCUACUUGACGAUUGGAUAUAUGAACAUGGAUUUGUAAUCUCACUAUGGUUUAUCAAGCUGCUUUAAUUCAAGUAUUUGGUCUAUUCGUAUUCAACACUUCUGGCGUAGUUAGCAUAUCUCCAUUUAAUAUAAAGUAGUUCCAUAUUUGAUUCCUUUUAUUGGUGCUGAAAUGAAUCAAGUAGUAUUAUUCUAGAUGGCUUCUUCGCAUCAUAUAUUGUCUUCUCAAUUCUCAGUAUAUUACCAGCUGCGAUAGGAAACAAUUCUAUGUAGCUGUUUAGCUAUGCUCCUAUCAUAAAGGGCUUUUCUGUGCAAUAGAUUAACCACACACUCUAUUUCUUUGAACACUUUUGUUAUUCUCUCCUGAGCUAUUGGAAGAUGGUACAAUUAUCUUUAUCAGUUAACUGUCAUAUUUUCAGGCCUACGUGAAAAGCAUUAUAUUUCCACAUUCACUGGGUCCUAGUCUCAAGUGGAAAGCCCGGUCGCAGGCCAUUCUCACAGUUCUUAAGAGCCUUGAAGCAGAUUUUUUUUGUCUACAGGAAGUCGAUGAGUAUGAAACAUUUUAUAAGAACAAUAUGGCAAGCCUUGGCUAUUCAAGUAUCUACAUUCAAAGAAGUGGGAAAAAAAGAGAUGGAUGCGGAAUUUUCUAUAAACAGGAUAAAGUUGGUCAUAGAAGAGAAAAUUGACUACAAUGAUUCGGUGGCUACACUUGACGACGAAAAAACAUCAUCUUCAGAUGAUGGCGAUAAGUUGCUAGUUGGUGGAAAUAAAGAGGAGACGAAAUCUGGUUCCGAGAAAGAGAGUCCAGAAGAUUGCGGAGAUCCAAAUGAUCCUCGUGUAAGAUUAAAGCGUGACUGUGUAGGGAUCAUGGCUGCUUUUAGACGUAAGAAUCCUACAUUUCACUAUGUUAUUAUCGCGAACACUCAUAUAUACUGGGAUCCAGAAUGGGCCGAUGUGAAAAUUGCGCAGGUUAAGUACUUGCUUUCGCGCCUAGCAGAAUUCAAAAUGCUAGUAGCCAAAAAGUUUGAUUGCUCACCCUCAUUAAUUGUCGCGGGGGACUUCAAUUCAACUCCUGGAGAUCAGGUGUAUCAAUACCUAGUCUCUGGCACGAGUGGCAUGGGACCAGAGAGCGUGGAUGAUCUGCCGAUCCCACUGGCAAGUGUGUAUGCAUUUGCAGGAGGGGAGCCAGAGUUCACGAACUGCACUCCUGGAUUCACAGGCACUCUUGACUACAUCUUAUUUUCCCCUGAUCAAGGUGUAAAACCAGUUAACUAUCUUGAGCUUCCGGUAGCAGAAUCACCCGAUGUAAGCAGCGGGUUGCCGAAUUAUUACCACCCCAGCGAUCACCUUCCGAUCGGGGCAGAGUUUGAAGUCGAGGCAUAGAGUUAGUUAUUCAGAUACGAAGAGUAGUGGUAGAUUACAUUGUGAGAUUCUCACUUAUUUCUUUCAAAUUCUUUGCCUUGCUUAUUGAUUGUACCUUUAAUUGAUCUUAAGAUUCUUUCCACCAAA